UCUGGCUACAAAAGCCGAGGAAGUAUAGACAUACUUGUUUUUGUACGAGCGGGUGGAGCAAGGAAUAUUAUCAAGAAAGAGUUUGCACAGUGACAUUUCGAUCAUCAGUCAGCCUUAACAUCAGACUUUACCUUACUCCACCUGUUUCCUGCAAACCCAAGUCUUGCCAAAACCUCCACAAUGAUGCAAAUUAGCAGUGACCCGGCCAGCAACAAGAACUCCCUCCUCAAUGUGAUGCACCGCUUCAUCGCUGCAACCAACAACAUGGAUGAGACCAUCAUGGUACCCAGCCUGUUGCGGGAUGUGCCCCUGGAGGUGCAGGAGAGCCAGCAGGUUGUGGUGGUGAACGAGCCUCUCUACCCUAACAAGCAGAAGGACAUGUACGAGCACUACCUCCUCCUCAAGUCCAUCAAGAAUGACAUGGAGUGGGGCCUGCUGAAGAGGGAGAUGAGCGGUGGGGCCAGCUUCCUGGAAAUGGCUGUCAAGCAAGAGGAGCAGCAGUUGAUCAUUGGGGAGCUCCCUGGUGAAGAGGGCUCUGAUCUGGAAGGCCAGUUCCACUACCACCUCAGGGGACUGUUUGGCGUCCUGUCAAAACUCACAGUGCAAGCAGACCACCUCACCAACCGCUACAAGAGGGAGAUCGGAGGUGGUAACUUUAUGAGAUAGGGUCACUUUUAACUGACCUUGGACUGCUUGACUCACACACAGUGGUGUUAUCGGAGACUUAGUGCAACUGACCAGGGACCGGUGUACUGACCAGGGUCUGGUUUCCCGGGAGCAUCUUAAGGCUUAGUUAAUUGUUAGAACCAUAGGAUCCUAUGGUUUUAAUGAUGAAAUUAGCCUAAAGAUUAUUUUGGGAUACCGGGCCCUGAGCUACUUGUCUUUCAAUCCUGACUUGAGUAG